AUGAAGCCCUCGCGCGCCGUCGUGUCACUACUGGCGACUUCGUUGCUCUCGCCCGCGCUGGCCGCCGUCACGCCGUCGGUGCUCAUCAAGGGCGGCGCAGGGCACCCGGUAACAGUGACGGAAACCAGAAUCCAGACGGUCACCGUGUCGGAGACCUGCCAGAUACCUACUACGGUACUGCCUUCAAGCCAGCCGCAGGACACGAGUGUCGCGGUGCCGCCCACGACAGCCAAAGAUCCGGGAUAUUCCACGCUGCCGGACGUUCCCAGCGCUCCUGCGACGGAGACUUCGGCGGGCAAUGGCUAUUCUACUCUCCCAGAGCCCCCGAGUCCGCCGAGCACGACCUCCGUCGAGGUUCCGGCGCCUCCGGCGUCGACCUCCGUCGUCCCUCCGCCGGCUGUGACGACCAGCACUGCGUCGCCGUCGGGUGAGCCCGAGGACUGCGGCUGCGAGGUGACCACAAUCCCAUACACUACGUAUACCCUGACCAUCCCCAUCCCGGGAUCGACUCAGACGACGUCGACGGUGCCCGAGACGACGAGCAAUCCGCCGUCCACGACGACUCGCGUCUCGCUGCCGCCGCCCAGUUCGACCAUCACCACGCCUCCUCCUCCGCCGACGACAACGACGACGAGGACGAGCACUAUCGACUGUUACUGCGACGGCUGCGGUGGCUGCGGCGAGGAAACGCGCACAGUGACGGUCACCACGACCUUCAUUUCGGUGACGACGUCGGUGGUCACCUCCACAGGGUACGUCACCUCUUUCCGCACGAGAACGGUGUCGCAGACGGUCACUUCGGCGGAGACUGUCCUGGUGCCGAUCACCACGACGCUGACCACGACCAUCACCAACACCGUCACCUCCUCGUACAUCUCCACACAGACCGUCACCACCACCAAGGGCUACACCGAGACCGAUACCGUCUCCAACACCGUCACGCGGCCCGGAGAGACGGUGACCGCGACCCGAACUGCCAACGGCACUGUCACAGUCACGGACCGAGAGACCGUCACUGAGACCGAGACAGCGCCCGGAAAAACAGUGACGGUCAGCAAAGGCGGACCCGGCCACACGGCGACGGUGACGGUGACGGUCACCGAGGGCCAGGGGGAGACCGCCACAGAAACGGUGACUCGCACGCAGACGCAAGACACCACAGAGACGGUCACUCUGCCAGAGAGGACGAUUACGCUGCCCGGCUCGACGGUCACUGGCCCCGGUGGAACUGUCACUCUACCCGGGGAGACGAUCACUUUGCCCGGAGAAACGGUGACCCAGCCUGGUGAGACCAUCACUCAGCCAGGCAAAACGAUUACAUUACCCGGCUCGACCGUCACCGGCCCAGGUGGCACUGUUACUCUACCCGAGAAAACAAUUACUCUCCCUGGGGAAAUAGUGACCCAACCCGGUGAGACUGUCACUCAGCCAGGCGAGACUGUCACUCAAACUCAACCCGGAGAAACUGUCACCCAGCCGGGAGAGACAAUCACUCUACCAGGAGAGACGGUCACCGGGCCUGGAGGAACGGUUACUCUGCCCGGAGAGACGAUCACUCUACCAGGAGAGACGAUUACUCGACCCCGAGAGACAGUGACCGGGCCUGGGCAAACAAUAACGAGACCGGGAGAGACCGUCACCUCCAUCCAGACGUUGCCCGGAAGCACCGUGACUCUGCCUGCCUCCACGCGGACCACCACUGUCGUUGUUCCUCCCACCACCAUCACCGAGUCCGGGUCGGUGACUACGCUACCUGCAUCCACAGUGACCUCGACCUUCACCCAGCCUGGCCGCGUGGUCACUCUACCUCCAUCCGUCGUCACUUUGCCCGGAUCGACGGUGGUCAAUACCAACACCGUCCCCGGCCCAACUUCGGUCGACACCGUUUCAGUGACCGUGAUUAUCAGCACGACCAUCUUCGACACGGUUACGUUGCCUGGAUCGAGCACCACCGUCACCGUCACCGACACUCCCGCCACCGGCACCGUCACAGCCACCGGAACCACGACCCUGUCCAUCUGUCCCAGCCUCAGUAUCAACCCGACCUACACCCCCGCCGCACCGCUGCCCCGCGACUACACCUGGGGAUGUCCGCCGGGAUACCUCUGCAAGCCCAAGCACGUUGGUGCCGACGCAGGAUGCAACUUCGAGGCCGGACUGCCGGCGGAGAGUUACGUCUGCAGUCCUGACCAGUGCAUCGAGAGCCCGCCGUUCAUUCACAAGCAGUUCUGGGGCAAGCCGGGCGAGUCCGACGAGGUGGCUCCCACUUACAACGUCUCCAAGGACUAUUUCAACCUGAACCCUCACCUGUUCCGGCUGGACUACUCCAUCUUCAAGUAUCCCGAGAAUACAUCGGACUUGAAGCUCUACUACAAGCGUUCCUUCGGGUCGCGAUCCCGUGGCAAACUACAAUCGCGACAGUCGAUCACCGAUGUCCCUCCCGAGUGCUACGACGAAUGUAACGAUGCGGCGCUUGAGGUGCAGUCAACGGGCAAAUCGGAGAAGAUCUGUCAGUCCAACUCGGUGUUCCAGCGCUCCCUCGGCAGCUGCAGGAAAUGUAGCAACCGCGAUCGUAAGGACGGCUUUGACCAGGUCGUCUUGCCGAAUUUCCAGCAGUUCCUGAACUACUGCGAGGAUCAGCCAUCCGGGACGACCACCGCGGCCGGCAUCACGGAGGGCUCGUCGCAAACCGCCACCCAUGCUACCACGUCAGAGCGGGCAACGACUACGAGUCGUGAUUCGGACUCGACGACCUCCUCGGCGUCGGCGUCUGCUACGGUGACCCGGGCGACGACCACGGCGAUAGCCUCGACAACGAACCGAGGGUCGGAGACGACAGAAUCAAGCAUCACCGAAUCGCAGACGACAGGAUCGCAGACGACAGGAUCGCAGACGACAGGAUCGCAGACGACAGGAUCGCAGACGACAGGAUCGCAGACGACAGGAU